AUGUCAUCUCAUCCAUUCACAGUCAUCAUGUCGGCAUACCACCCCUCAACACACGGUGUCCAUGGCGACGACCGCAUCAAUGUCCUCACCGAUGUCGCCCCACCAAUUCACACAUCGACUACCUUCCGGUAUCCUCACGACCCAUCAGAGCUCCAACCCGUCCCGAAAGAAGGCGAAUUCGUUGACCUACAAACCCCUCUGAUCUACUCUCGUCUCGCGUCCGCCAGCACCAACCGCCUAGAAACAAUCCUAGCGCCUUUACUCUACCCUGAUGCAAAACAGGAAGAGCUAGAUGGGCAAUCCGGGUUAGCAAACCAUGUUGUCAGCUACACAAGCGGCCUCAGCGCCUUCCAUGCCAUGCUCGUCAACAUUGUUCCCAAAGUUAUUGCCAUUAGUGGUGGCUACCAUGGCUGCCAUGGCGUGAUCGAACUACACAAGAAGAUGCACGGCGUCAAGACCGUGGACCUCCACGCCGAUGAUGCUGUUUGGGACGCCGCCGGCUUAGGUAAAGGCGACCUCGUGCAUCUCGAGACACCCUUGAACCCCACAGGAGAAGCUUUCGAAAUAGCGAAGUACGCCGCCCGAGCGCACAAGCGGGGCGCGUUCCUCAGCGUCGACACUACAUUCGCGCCACCAGGUCUACAGGAUCCGUUGCUGUGGGGCGCAGAUGUGGUCAUGCAUUCUGGAACGAAAUACAUCGGUGGUCACAGUGAUAUGCUUUGCGGUAUCCUGGCCACUGCAAAGGGGCCGGAAGGACUAAAGCAAGCCAAGACGCUACGUGCUGAGCGUAUUUUCCUGGGUGCAGUCCUAGGUAGUCUAGAGGGGUGGCUCGGCGUGCGAAGUCUCCGGACGUUUGAUUUGCGCGUUCAGCGACAGAGCAGCAACGCGGAAAAUCUUGUUCGCUGGCUGCAAGACUCACUCAAUGGUAAGGGAGAAGACGUAGAUGCCGUAAAGAAAGUCGUGCACAAGGUUGCUCACGCGAGUUUGCAAGAGAAGGACAUGUCGUGGUUGAAGAAGCAGAUGCCGAAUGGUUUCGGUCCCGUCUUCAGCGUCUACAUGAAGAGCAGCCAACAGGCGCGGUCUCUUCCCUCCAAUCUGCGUCUCUUUCACCAUGCGACCAGUUUGGGAGGUGUGGAGAGUUUGAUCGAGUGGCGCAGGAUGAGCGAUGCGGAUGUGGACGAGAGGCUGCUGAGGGUUAGUGUGGGCGUGGAAAACUGGGAAGACUUGAAGAAUGACUUCCUAGGAGCUUUCAAGGCGUUGGCUGAGGGAGGAGCGAAUAAGGAGAGUGCGAGUGGGGACGGAGAUGUGCAGGUCGGACAGGAUGGGGCGCAGAUGCCGAAAGCAGGAGCUGGUGCGGUGUGA